CGCCGUAUCAUGAAACCAGUUUGUCAUUUCCAUCAAUUUUCGCCAAAUUAAUAUCAUGUUAACGAAAUUUUCACAUCAUUAAAUUCGCCGUGCACGCACCGCGAUCGAAAUGGCCGCGAAACCGAUCAAAUAUUCAAUUGGCAUCGAUUUGGGAACGACGUAUUCUUGUGUUGGUGUUUUCAAAAACGGAGCAGUGGAAAUAAUAUCCAACGAUCAAGGCAGCCGCACGACUCCCAGUUACGUGGCCUUCAACGAUGUGGAGCGCCUGGUGGGCGAACCGGCCAAGAGCCAGGUAGCCCUGAACCCCAACAACACCAUCUACGACGCCAAGCGGCUGAUAGGCAGGAGAUUCGACGAUCCGGCCAUCCAGCAGGACAUCAAGCACUGGCCGUUCGAGGUGAUCAACGAAAAGGGCAAGCCGAAGAUCAAAGUGACGUACAAAAACGAGGUGAAGACCUUCUUUCCCGAGGAGAUUUCCUCCAUGAUCUUGGCCAAGAUGAAGGAAAUCGCCGAGGCUUACUUGGAGGACAACAUCUCCAAGGCGGUCAUAACCACUCCCGCGUAUUUCAAUGAUUCCCAGAGGCAAGCCACUAAAGACGCAGGAACUAUAGCAGGAUUGGACGUCCAACGGAUCAUCAACGAACCUACAGCAGCAGCGAUUGCUUACGGUUUAGAUAGAAAGGACGAUGAUCAGGAUAAGCACGUUUUGAUAUUCGAUUUAGGAGGUGGUACCUUCGACGUCUCAGUGCUGCUUAUUUCUGGGGGGAUCUUCGAAGUAAAAUCCACAGCUGGGGAUACUCAUUUAGGUGGGCAAGAUAUAGACUUUCGGAUGGUACAAUAUUUCGCCGAGGAGUUUAAGAAGAAAACCAAAGUCGAUAUCAGCAACAACAAACGAGCUAUCCAGAGAUUGUCGGCCGCCAGCGAAAGAGCGAAGCGGAUUUUAUCUUCUGCUAAUCAAACCUCGGUGGAGAUCGAUUCAUUAGCCGAAGGGCAUGAUCUCUACGCUGAUAUAACCAGAGCCAAGUUCGAAGAGAUUAAUAACGACAUAUUCAUGAGGACAAUAGUACCUGUAGACAAGGCCUUAAAAGAUGCCAAAGUGAAUAAAAACCAAAUUGAAGAUAUAGUACUAGUAGGAGGAAGCACGAGGAUACCAAAAAUACAAUUACUACUAUCAAAUCUGUUUCAAGGUAAAAAACUGAACAAAUCGAUAAAUCCGGACGAAGCCGUCGCCUACGGGGCCGCCAUCCAAGCGGCGAUCCUCUCCGGAGAGGUGCACGAUGCCGUGAAGGAUGUGCUGCUGCUGGACGUCACGCCGCUAUCGCUGGGAAUAGAGACAGCAGGUGGCGUAAUGAGCGUGCUCAUCAAACGAAACACCACCAUUCCCACCAAGCAAACGCAAAUUUUCUCUACGUACGCCGACAACCAGUUGGGGGUUCUCAUUCAGGUUUACGAAGGCGAGAGAUCGAUGACCUGCGACAAUAACCUCUUGGGGAAAUUCGAAUUAUCAGGAAUUCCUCCAGCGCCUAGAGGCAUACCGCAAAUAGAAGUGACCUUCGAUUUGGACGCCAAUGGUAUUCUAACUGUUAAUGCCCACGAAACGGCCACCGAUAAAAAGAGCAACAUCGUCAUCACCAACGACAAAGGCAGAUUGAGCAAAGACCAAGUUGAUAAGAUGAUUAGAGACGCGGAGCGCUUCAAAGAGCAAGACCAAGAAAAACGUGCAGCCAUUGCGGCCAGAAACGAAUUGGAAUCGUACGUACAUCAGAUCAAGAUGGUGAUGAACGAACCAGCGGUGUCGGCGCUCAUCAAUCCCGAGGACAAAGUGAAGAUAAAUACCUGUUGCGACGGCAUCAACGAGUGGCUGUCGGACGCGGCCAUCAAAUCGGAGCGCGACUACGCCAUGAAGAAGCACGAGCUGGAGAACAUGUGCAAGCCGGUCAUCAUGCAGAUGUACAGCGGCGCCACCGGCUCCCAACACGACUCCGACGACAUCGCGCAGGCGUUCAGAGGCGGCGCCCGGGAUCAGCAGCCACGUCGCGACGACGACACGGACGGUACCCAAGGUCCUCUAAUCGACGAAGUGGACUGAACUGGUGGUGGUACUUUUGACGGUUUCGUUGGUCAUUAAAUUUCACUCGAAUCUUA